AUGGAGGUGGACCCCGGUCAUGAGUCCGACGGCGAGCUUCCUGACGAGGGGCCAAUUGAGGACCCUCUUGUUCCUCCUGAGGACGAAGAUGACGAGGCCGAGGACGACGAUGUUCGUGAGGUCAUCGACGAUCGUGAGGACGACGACGUUCAUGAGGUCGUCGAGGAACCCAUCGAAGUCGCCCCCUGGGAUCUAGUUGACCCCGACUUUUUGUCAAACAAGCACCUUGCGGAUCGAGGAUUCAUAAAUAAGGGAGAGAAAGCCGGCGAAGCGGAGCAUCUUGCUUACUCUACGUGUUGGUUGUCUGCAGCCGUGAAUCUUCUUCUCAUUGCAGGCUGUAUUCGAAAGCUGAAGCCGGCCAACUGUCUCAUCGCAGAGAUGCAAAAACUGACAUUUGUCAACACGGUUCAAGCACUCGAUGAUGUCGUCAAGGAAACAAAAAGGUUACUCUGGGAGAGCGGUUUUAGAUGGACUAAAACUGGACUCGGAGUAACCGAAGGUCUACGAGGGUUAUUGAAAAAUUUUUCCGAAAGUGACGGUGAAAAUAAGCAGAAGAUCUUGGAAGAUUUUCGUUGUUGCGAGUCUUGCAUGGAGCCCUUCUUCUGUGAAAUUUUCAUUGAAGACGCCUUGGACAGCAAAGAUAUAAAUUUGCAAGAAAUAGUCGCGAAGGGAGAAUGCCUCCUGUGUGGCAAUGAGGAAAUACGACCGGCAGAAUAUUUAUUCCUUGUCGUGAACGGAAGGAAACGCAUGAGAUAUAUAUAUAUAUUUUUUUUUUUUGCAAAUAUGAACGCUUAUAUAAUAUGCCAAAAAGAUAUUUUGAGGAGAAUGGACGAUGGGUGCAGCGAAAAGAUGUGGUGA